AUGAGAAAUCUGUCAGGGAUGGGGAAGCUCUCCUUACUACUCCUGCAAGUACAAGUAUGGAUGUUGCUGAUUUCCUUUUCGACUGCCGAAGUCGUAUCCUCUGGUAGACCCGACGCCGACAACAGCCCCGGCAGCACUGGCGGAACCCCACGGCAACACUUUGUGGCGACUGCAGAAGCAGAUCUAGAGAAUGGUCCACACAUCAAUGAUACGAAUUUCAAAACUCUGGUGCACCACUGCUUACAGUCUGGUGAUGCCACGGCCUGCAAUGGCAUGAAGGACUGGGACGUGAGCCGAGUCACCGAUUGCAGUCUGCUCUUCUGGGAACCUACUGGUGAUGUCAACAAUGACUGGGUGUUGCUGCGUGGAGCGGAUACCUUUAAUGUCGACAUUAGUGGUUGGAAUACCAGUUCCUGUACGACCAUGAAGUCCAUGUUCAACGGAGCCGUUGCCUUUGAUCAAGACAUUGGAAACUGGGAUGUUCGAAGAGUCACCGACAUGUCCCACAUGUUCCAAGGAGCUCGCAUGUUCCAGAAAGAUAUCUCUCGUUGGAAGACGGGAAAUGUGUUGGAUACCAGUCACAUGUUCCGAUAUGCCACACGCUUUCAUGCCAACGACCUAAGUCAUUGGGAUACCUCCCGCGUCACCAACAUGGCCUUCAUGUUUGCCUCUGCGUCCCAUUUCAAUGGCAGAAUUCACUGGAAUGUCGCCCGGGUACAGCAUUUUCAGAACAUGUUCCACAAUGCCGACAUGUUCAAUGCCGGUGGGAUUGCCGAAUGGGAUGUCGGCGGUGCGGUAGACAUGCCAGAACAGGAAUCCUACGGAUUUGUGUCCAUGUUUGAUGGAGCCAAAGACUUUAAUCAGGAUAUCUCUCAUUGGGAUAUGCGACAUGCACUCACGUUGGACUUUAUGUUUCGAGAUGCAUAUGCUUUUGAUCAGGAUAUAUCGCCAUGGGAUAUUGGACAAGUAAAUUCCAUGCAGGAUAUGUUCCAUCAUGCCAAAUCCUUCCGACAGACCCUUUGUUGGGAUGUGAUAGGAAAGACCAUUGGCAACCUGUUUGAUGGCACCGACAGUGGUGAGGCCGAUCCAGACACUCCCAAAUGCUGGGAGGACAAGCACAAACAAAAAGAAGAAUCCAACAAUAGUGACAAUGGCAACAACUUUGGUACCUUGUCCAGCGCAGAAGAACAAGAGCAACAACCACCAUCGCAGCAGCAACCACAGCAAGGAACAGUCAAUAAAGUGACUGUAACUCGAACAAAAUCAGCCCCAUCCAUGGGAACACGAUUCCUGCAAGCAUUGCUGUUUGCGGCUGUAGUGGCCCUCGGGUCCUAUUGGGUCGUGCUCAUUAGGCGAUACAUGAAAACUCAAAACAAAAGGCGCAACCUCGAGGAAAGGGUUGCGGGACGAUCCGCUCGACGAUCCUCCACGGAAGGAAAUGAUGGCAGCUCUCGCAGUACAGACAGUGGUCGUGGUGAAAACACAGACCAUCACAUGAUGAAUACGAGUCACUGCGAGAUUAAUAUUAGGGAGCAGGAGGAUGACCUGAAUUAUUCCUCAGAAAGUGAGGAUGAUGAGGAAGAAAUCAUGUUUCAGAAACCUGAAGACAUUGAAGCCUUGAGACAACAGUGCUUUACGCAAAGCUUUGAUCCAACGUUGUUGUUUGGGCCAGAAGAAGAAAUGAAAGCAAUGUCAGCAGCAGAUCAUGCUGUACCUGCCAUGAACGUUCUCUUGCAACAGGAGACCUACUUGAGACAACUUCGGGAAGCAAGAAAAGCAAAGAGAGCAGCCGCUUCUGCAGCUGGUUUCCAAUACUCUCCACAAAAUAGGCAACUUUUGGAGGCCCUAGGAACCACUGCAACAAAGCUUCAAUCUAGUAGCUUUGAUAGCAGCACGCAACGUCAAACCAUUGACAAUGGCUAUUUCCCAACGCAACAACACGCAGCAGCAAUGAUGAAUUCGAGGCAGGUAGGUACGGGAUCUGGCACUGCUGGUGAUGCAUUGGAUGCUCUCAUGCAAACGUCAAUGAACCAAGCCGCCACGUCAGAAAAAGCAUUGCAAACUCUAGGAGGAACUACCGAUUACACACAGCAGAAUUCUUUACAAGCAGCCAGAGUGAACCCGAGCAAGAGAGCAGGUGGCAGUAUAUCACUCGACGAAUGGGUGUUCCAGGAUGUUGAGAGUACGGAGAUAGAGACAACAUUUGUUGCCUCGACACAACCAAGCACCACGAAAGAGGAUGCGGAUGUGGCACUUCGGCGUACCGACGGGGUUGACUUUGUGUAA